UCCACCAUCCUAACCCGGUCUCCCUCUAACCCGGUCUAACUCCAACCCGGUCUAACCCGGUCUAUCUCUAACCCGGUCUCCACAGGGCGGAGAUGUUACACUUCAGGUUCUCCACGGCUCUGAAGCAGCUGUGUGAAGCCGGACUCACACGGCCCCUGCCCGGCUCCUGGUUCGCGACCCGCCGCUGCUGCUGUUCCGACGCCCGGGCCGCCUCCCCCCGGCUGAAGGGGCUCCGAGCCGCCGCCGCAGCCUCGUACCGGCCGGCGCUGCGCUCUUCCGGGGCCUGCGCCGCCCCCCGCCGCUCGUACUGCGUGAAGACGGAGGGCAGCAGCAGCGUGGGGGGGGACGAGCAGCUGAAGAAAGAUGGUGACGCCGACAAAAAAAGAGCAGCCGUCCUGCCCAGUCUGGAGGAUUUGCUCUUCCACACAGUCGCAGAAGGUCAAGAGACGAUUCCCGCUCAUAAAUUCCUCACAGCACUUAAGGCCACAGGGCUUCGCACUGGAGAUCCCCGGCUGAAGGAAUGUAUGGACACCAUUAAAGAAACUCUAAGGAACACAACAGAUGGCGUAACUCUGGACAGGCACCUAUUCAAGAAGUGUGUCCAGAGCAACAUUGUCCUGCUCACUCAGGCCUUCCGCAAGAAGUUCGUCAUCCCAGACUUCCAGUCCUUCACCACCCUUAUUGAUGAGCUGUAUGAGACUGCCAAAAACCUCAAUGAAGGACAGGUCGCAGACUACAUUCCACAGCUCGCCAAGUUCAGCCCUGACCUGUGGGCAGUCUCUCUUUGCACAGUGGACGGACAGAGACACACAGUAGGAGACACCAAGGUCCCUUUCUGUAUGCAGUCCUGUGUCAAGCCUCUGAAAUACGCUGUUGCCGUCCAUGACCACGGCACAGAGUACGUGCACAGCUUCAUCGGGAAGGAGCCCAGCGGCCUGCGCUUCAACAAGCUCUUCCUGGAUGAAGAUGAUAAGCCUCACAACCCCAUGGUGAAUGCUGGAGCUAUCGUUUGUACUUCACUGAUAAAGCAAAGUGAAGGCAACGCAGAAAAGUUUGACUAUGUCAUGAACUUUCUGAAAAAGAUGGCAGGAAAUGAAUAUGUGGGCUUCAGCAAUGCCACAUUCCAGUCAGAGCGUGAGUCAGGAGACAGGAACUUCGCCAUCGGCUACUACCUGAAAGAAAAAAAGUGUUUCCCAGAGGGAGUAGACAUGACCACUGUACUGGACCUGUACUUCCAGCUGUGCUCCAUUGAGGUGACCUGUGAGAGCGCCAGCGUCAUGGCCGCCACGCUGGCAAACGGUGGAAUCUGUCCAAUCACAGGCGAGCGUGUCCUGAGCCCGGAGGCCGUGAGGAACACCCUGAGUCUGAUGCACUCCUGCGGCAUGUACGACUUCUCUGGGCAGUUUGCAUUCCAUGUCGGUCUGCCUGCCAAGUCUGGAGUAUCGGGGGGGAUCCUGCUGGUCGUGCCCAACGUCAUGGGCAUCAUGUGCUGGUCGCCUCCACUGGACUCAGUGGGCAACUCAGUCAGAGGAAUACAGUUCUGCACGGACCUUGUGGAGCUUUUCAACUUCCACAACUACGACAACUUGAGACACUGCGCCAAGAAGCACGAUCCUCGCAGAGAAGGAGGCGACCUGCAGGUCAAGUCUGUGAUCAACCUGCUGUUCGCUGCCUACACUGGAGACGUGUCCGCCCUGAGGAGGUUUGCACUGUCAGCUAUGGACAUGGAGCAGAGGGACUACGACUCGAGGACGGCCCUCCAUGUGGCCUCAGCUGAAGGGCACACAGAGGUGGUCCGCUUCCUGCUGGAGGCUUGUAAAGUGAACCCAGUUCCCAUCGACCGAUGGGGCAACACACCGAUGGACGAGGCGGUGCACUUCGGCCACCACGAUGUCGUGACCAUGCUGAAGGACAACUACGACCGAUACUGCCCCCCCGCCGGGGCCGAUGAGAAGGCGAGUGUGGAGAAGAGCCUGGACAGUUUGCUGUAGGCCUCUGUAACUCGCCAAGCUUCACCCUUCUCCUCCUCGUUGCUCUUCUGGAGUAACUUCCUUCACCAGCGCUCAGACUUUGGCCCACGUGAGGUGACCUGUAGCCGUGUCUCGCCUGUCGUGCUUUGCUUUCCGGGACUUCAGUCAUCAUGUGACGUGUGUUGUUUGUGUGAGUGAGCGUCUGAUCAAUGCAACUUGAGACCAAUAAUACAAUAUCUAAAUAUCAGUGUUUACAGCAUAAUGCUCACGUAACCUGUCACACAUUUGUUAGUUUAGUUACAGUACAGCUCUGUUUAUACUGGUUAUAUAAUGGUAAUAUAUAGUUUUGUGAGCCAGUGAGGUGUUUGGAAAUUAUGCUCUAGAUUGUAUGACGUGUCUCUGUUUGUGUAAAGAUGUAAAAAGUACCUUGUACGUGUUGUUUUCCUGACGGCUGCGAGGACAGCAGCAGCUUUUAUGAAGCUUCACUUCUGAUUUGAAGUCACAAAGAUUAUAUUCUGAAUGUAGGAUACACUUGCAAUAGGAGCAGUGUGUAUUUAUUACACAAAAAAACUUUGUGUAAAAUUCAAUUUAGAUGUAAGAGAGAUAAAGGCACAGUGGUUUCUCUAUUU